AUGGCCAGCAAACCCGCCACAUGCCAGUUCCGGUUCCAGGCAGUGCCGGGCAUUUUUAUCGACUUUGUUGCAGAGGCCAGGAACGAUCCUUCUUUCCGCGCCACAACCUUGCCUGGACUUGGGCUGGUUGCGAGACAAUACGAAACGGAUCGUGAUCAAACCGCCGACAAAGAUUCGUCAACUAACCAAAAGCCUUGGGAACGUUUCCGCGAGUACGUUCAUCAUCUGAACAGUCAGAACGCACCUUCCACGACGUACAAGGUCCUGUAUCUCACAAGACACGGCCUGGGCUUCCAUAAUUCCUUCGAGUCGCAGGUGGGGCGAGAAGCUUGGAACAAUCAUUGGUCACACCUGGACGGGGACGGAAACGUUGUCUGGGCUGAUUCUCAACUGAAUAUGGAUGGUAUCAACCAAGCGGAGGUUCUGGGCCAGUUCUGGUUGGACGCUGUCUCCAAUGAAGGUGUGCCAUUACCUGGCACGCUGUAUACCAGCCCGCUUGCUCGCUGUCUUAACACCACUCGUCUCGCGUUUUCGAGGAUCUUCCAGGAACAGGGGGUAAAAUUUCAGCCGAUCAUCAAGGAGUCGCUUCGAGAGCUUGUGACCGACCAUACUUGCGAUCGAAGGAGCAGCCGAAGCUGGAUCGUGGAGAACUUUCCUGAUUACCUCAUUGAGCCUAAUUUCUCCGAAAUAGACAGCUUGUGGACAGGUAAACACUGGGAGACACGGGAUGAGCAUACAGCAAGAAAACAAGCAGUGUUGGAAGAUAUCUUCUCGACAGAUGAGAGUGCUUUCAUAGGACUUACUGUACACUCCUACGCAAUCUCAGCGAUCCUGAGAGCAGUUGGAUUGUCCGAGUUCAGGGUGCGCGAGGGUAGCAGUAUUGCGUUGCUUGUCAAAGGAGAAAGGAUCGGGGGUAAUCUCUAA